CCCUAGUUACACGGGCGUGCUAACCGCAGUUAAGACGCACCUCAGUUCCGGCCAACCACAGUUACACCCAGUUAGACGGAAAGCCUAACUGCGGUUAUUCCACUAACCAUGGUCACUGCAAACUGAGGUUGGCCACCUCAGUUAGCUCAGGUUAACGAAGCAAACACACAAAAUGGCGGCACCCAUGCGGAUGGACGAAGGCGGCGCGGCUCCAACGAAGGUGACGGCCGAAAAGUCUUCCCAAAGGCGUGUCAACUGGUCUGUCUCAACAACAGAGUCGUUGAUACGCCUUUGGGAAGACAAUCUUGCCGCGCUGCGGUCCAACACGCGAAAUGCGCGUAUAUACGAUGAGAUGACGCGAAGCCUCAACGCACGCCUGCCUGCCGGCGAAGUUCCAUUCACAGCAAAGCAGCUCCGCCAGAAGCUUGAGAACUUGAACAAGCAAUACCGGAAACUCAGGCGCUGCGGGACCUCAACCGGGUCCAAAGGGGUUGAGUGGCCAUUUUAUUGGCAGCUACACGCAUUUCUGGGCACACUUCCAGUCAACGACAGUGACCUUGUGGAAGAGAGCGUGGAGGUAAUUUCAACUAUUUAUAAUUACAGUUCUAUAGAUAGGUUGGUGUACUCACUCACAAGUACUCUGACUCGUUCUUGCUCCCCACUCAUUUCCCAGGAGUGAGUGCCGUUGAGUUUGAUUGGAACUGAAAAGGAUGAAUAAUUAUGUGUGCUCGUUCAUGAGAGUACGAACGAAAUUCAGUGAUGGUGAUGUUGAGUGGAUCUAAGUAUUAACGGGGGUGAUUGUUGGCGAGUCUGAGUGGAUGCAUGUAUGUGAGUGAGUGCGAGCGGACGCAAGUAUGAGUGAAUGUGUGCUAGUAAAUGUGAAUUGACUAUAAGCGUGAAUCAGUGUCGGUGAGCAUGACUGGGCGUGAGUAGGAAUGUGAGUGAGUCCGCAGCCUGC